AUGGCACAAGUAAAUGGGUUCCAUAGGGAACAGAGCCCACUCAGCCCUCCAGAGAUCCCACGAAUGAAUACAGCAAGAAUCGCUUCCCUCACACGGAACGCAACGUUUUCACCAGAACAGUCACCGUCCUCCGAGCAUGGCGCUUGGUCAUCUGCCGUCGGCCACGCUAGUACCGGCAAGUCUGGCAGAGUCAUCGAGCGACUGCAAGGAGACAUCGACAGGCUGCAUAGGGAGAAGCAACUACUGAAGAUGCGUCACGAUGAAAUGGAGAAAGCCAACGAUAUGUUGAUGGCCCGAAACCAGUAUCUGCAAGAUCGUAACAACAAUUACGAACAGUCACACGAGGCCAGCUCUCGACAGCUGUCACGCAAGGACAGGCAACUAGACGAGCUGCGUGAAGAGCUCUCGCGGGAGAAGGAACGGACCAUACGUGCAGAAGAGCAGGCACGUGCAGCAAGCAUGACCGAAGAGAAAUGGCGUGACGAGGCCAGCCAAGCCAAAGCAAUGGCACAGCAGAAAGAGACGGAAUACGACGCCAUAGCAUCGUGUCGAAACAUGGAUAACGACCGCCACCAAAAUGGUCUUGAUAAAAUCAAGGGCAAUUUUGAUGUGCUGAUGCGGCAACGAGAGGACGAUCUGGAAAAGCAGAAGAAGCUAGAAAUUAUUGCUGAACAACAGCGGCAGACGAUCGCCCAGUUGGAGGAGCUGACCAAGAAAUUGACUGCCAACUUCAAGUCAUACAGGUCCGAGAUCGACACCGCCGUGACAGACUUGAGGAACAGUGCUGAAGGAAACAACACUGCACUUCAACAGAAGCUGGACGAAAUGACUGAAACGACUGGCAGAAUGCGGUGGGUGAUGAGCAUCGAUGGAAUGUUCAAUGGAAACCCAAAGGCCUCCCAACCAUUUCCUCCGAUCGCUGAAGGCGGCCACAGAGAUAGUACGGAGAAAAUGACGCCGCGAUCGCCUUCCAAGUCACCAAACAGGUCAUCGAAGAAGUUGAUGAAGAAGUCCAAGAGCGGGCGCUAG